AUGACCAUCGACAUCGUAGCCAUUAUCUCGCCUAAGGCCGGUAAGGCCUCGCGGGUCGAAGAGCUGCUUCUGCAAGCAGCGCAAACAGUCAAAGCCAACGAGCCUGGUACACUGCGUUACCAUCUGCAACGUGAAACCAAAGGCGAUACCCCGGUUUUCGUUAUGCUAGAAACUUAUAAGGAUCAAGCCUCAAUAGCCGCGCAUGCGAAGAGCCCGGACUUCAAGGCCAUGGGUCAAACAAUGAAGAAAGAAGAUUUGUUGGCUGAGCCGAUGCGAGUUAUCUUCACGAAAGAGGUGGGCGGGUAUGCCAGCAAGCUGUAA